AUGCAACGCGCGGCCGCGGGCAGAGGCGCCGAUCCCGGCGGCAAGCGCGAUAGUCCCGGGCGCGGGGUGAGCGCUGCCCGCCUUGCAAAUCCGACCUUUCGGCGGGAGCCGCCGGCGAACGAGAGGCCGGGCCGGGCCGGCUGCUGCUCGGGAAACGCGGCUCCCAGUUGGCCGGAAAUGACUCUUCCGCUCGCCCUGCGCCGCCGCCCCCCGCCCCGCCUCGCCUCUCCUGUCCGCUGCGGCCCCCAAAGCUCAAGCGGGGCCGUCAGAAACGGAGCCGCGAAGGCGGUGGGGGGGGGGGCGCUGGGACGGGAAAGGAAGGUCCGUAAAGCUGAAGGAGGGGCGAAGAGGCGCGGGGCUCGGAGGAAAGGUGGCCCGGGGCGCACACGCGCUCACACCCCCCCCUCCCCGCAUUGUGUCUCCAGGGCCCUCGGGGCUCGCUUGGUUCCAGAGCGGGAGAUUCCGCAGCUGUGCUGGCAGCCAGAAACCGCGUCUGCCUCGCGGCUUCCAAGGUUUCUUUUCCCCACAAGGACCAAUGAAGGGGCCCCCAUUCCCUGCCAUGGGACCCAUAUGUUGGGGGCUUUCCAUGCCAGAGAUCCAGGGUUCCUCCCCAGGAGGCUCCUGCGAGAGGGGGAGCGUGGGGGCGCAGCUAGAGCCCCUCUCUGGCUUUGGCCGCCUCACAGGGACGGCUGCUGCUGAUUUUGGAGAACGUUUCAGGCACAUUUAGGUGGCGGUCUGGAGGAUUAUAAAAUCACUUUAUUGGAACUAAAACUUUAACUGAAACGACGGUGAGAAAUCUUUGUAGGUAUGUUUGUGCCUGUGUGUGUUGUUGCUUCCCUUUUGAUUUUUUCUUUUAUUACAUACAUGUUUUUAAUAGCUGAUUUGAGAGAGAGAGAGAGAGAUUCUUCUAGCUUUUUGGGCAAAAGUCGAAAAUAAAAAGAAAUGCAGAGCGGGCACAGGGGAGGAAGGCAGAACCUCUGUCGCCCUCCCCUUCUGCAUCCAAGCCCAGGAAAUGGGGGGGGGACACUGCAGCUGCUGGGUCAGACGAGGAGAGGGAGAGAGAUGGGGUCAGUCCCCAAAGCUGCAAGGGAUGGAGCCUUUAAGCCCAGGCAGCAGAGGGUGCCCGGUCAAGGGCUAACCCAGCUGCAGAAACCGAACCCCCCCCCCUGCAGUUCCUCUCUCAGCAGUGGCUGCCUGCCUGCCCAACCCCUUUACAUGCUAGGCCACGGGGCCACCACCUUGAGAAUCCCUCCCAGUCUGUGGCGGGGAACAGGGGAAAGCAGCCAGUGCUGUGGGUGCCUCAGGUGGCCUAGAGAAAAGUCCAGGUUGUGUGCAGCUGGACACAUCUUCCACAUUCUCAUUCAAUAUUAAAAGGAUAAUAAAAUUUAUGGAUUCAGACGAACUGCCCAGAUUAUGAAAUUGGUCGUGCUGGGAAAAGCAGCAGCUCUA